GACCCGAGCAAGUCCGGAUAUUGCCGAGCCCGACCCACCUUUUACUUUCUGCGUCAGUUUGAAUCCGUCUGUGCACAGAAUACUGCUGGAAACUUCUUUAAAUUUGAGCAUUUUCUGGAGAAAGACGAACAUGUCUAUACGGGGGGUGCUGUUUAUUAUCGGGGCGCUUCUGAUAGGCCAAUGCACCGCCCUUAUAAGGGUUCCUCUGCAUAAAACCAGGAGUCUGCGGCGCCUCAUGAGCGACAGUGGGAUGUCUCUGGAUGACCUCCGGGCUCUGGGAAUGAGGGUGGGGUCUCUAGACAGCUCCGCCUCCCCUGAGCUACCGGUGGAGAGGCUGACGAACUUCAUGGAUGCUCAGUACUACGGCCUCAUCAGCAUCGGCACCCCUCCACAGAACUUCUCUGUCCUGUUCGAUACCGGCUCCUCCAACCUCUGGGUUCCCUCCAUUCACUGCUCCUUUUUGGACCUGGCCUGCUGGGUCCAUCGUCGCUACAACUCAAAGAAGUCCAGCUCGUACGUGAUGAACGGCACAGAGUUCUCCAUCCGGUACGGCAGAGGCAGCUUGUCUGGCUUCAUCAGUCAGGACACCGUCUCUGUGGCGGGCCUGUCCGUGCCCGCCCAGCAGUUUGGAGAAGCAGUGAAGCAGCCCGGCAUCACGUUCGCCGUGGCUCGCUUCGACGGCGUCCUGGGCAUGGCGUACCCGUCCAUCUCCGUGGCUAACGUCACCCCCGUGUUUGACACGGCCAUGGCUGCCAAGCUGCUGCCUCAGAACAUCUUCUCCGUCUACAUCAGCAGAGACACGGCGGCAGAACUAGGAGGAGAGCUGAUUCUGGGAGGAACAGACCCCCAGUACUUCAGUGGAGACCUGCACUAUGUUAAUGUGACCCGAAAGGCCUACUGGCAGAUCCAGAUGGACAGGGUGGAUGUGGGGAACCAGCUGACUCUCUGCAAAACGGGCUGUCAGUCUAUCGUUGAUACCGGGACGUCAUUGAUGGUUGGACCUGCUGCAGAGAUCCGAGCGCUGCACAAAGCCAUCGGAGCUCUGCCUCUGCUGAUGGGGGAGUAUUUCAUCGACUGUAAGAAGAUUCCAUCUCUUCCCGUCAUUUCCUUCAACAUCGGAGGAAAGAUGUUCAACUUGACCGGAGAGGAUUACGUUCUGAAGGAGUCUCAGAUGGGCGCGUCCAUCUGUCUGUCAGGCUUCAUGGCCAUGGACAUCCCCCCUCCGGCCGGGCCGCUCUGGAUCCUGGGAGACGUCUUCAUCGGGAAGUACUACACCGUGUUUGAUAGGAACGCCGACCGGGUGGGCUUCGCCGCUGCCAAGUAGACGACUGAAAACCGAACUUUGGAGCUGGAAUGUGUCCGAAAAUGUGAUGAUUUGCAGAAUUCAAAUCACCAACACCUGACGUUUUUUUAUUUAACUGACCCAACAUGAGAACUGAUUGAGAUUUUUGCAGCUUUAAUUUUGAUUCUGCGUUUAACCCUUUAACUCCUCAGCAUCACGCAAGUGAUGCAUAAACACAAAAUCUUUAACAUACUGUAAUCUGCUGCAAUGACGUUGAUCGUGUUGACCUGGGAUCCCCAAACUACGGCCCGCCUUCACAUUUGGCCCGGCCCCCCACACGCCAUCAGAGACGCAUUAUUGUUUUUCUCUAUCUGGCUGAUCAAGACCCACAUCGAACGUGACUUUUUAUUCCAUCUGGAGUCUGAACUAUGACGAGAGGAUAGAACAUUUAUUGGUUUUACUGUUAUAGUGAUUCACUUUUUCUUUAUUUUCUUCUGUACAUUUAUUUGGACGUACUUAGCUCUUCAGCUCAUUCGACUUCUAAAAAUAUUCAGCUCUUCUUAUUCUAGCUUCUUUGACUAGGCUAUUUUGGGGUUGAGCUAAUAUUUUAGCCUUAUACUAGCUGUUUUGGCUUAAUUUGACAUUUUACCAUUUUUUGGGCUAUUUUGGAGCUAAUAUUUCAGCAACAUGCUAGCUGUUUUUCACUAAUUUUGAAUUUGUUUGUUUUUCGGCUAAUUUGUCAUUUUGCUAAUAUUUUAGCUAGCUAUCAGCUUCAGCGUAUUCAGCUAUCAAUUUAAGCGUUUUCAUCUAGCAGCACUAGUAUCGUCAGCGGCUACAUUCAGCUUACAGCAUUCACCCUAGCAUUAUUGCAGCUAAUGCUAUAUAUCUUGUUUUUAAAGAUAUUUUAGUAUAAUUUUUUUUCUAUGAAGAUUACAGAAAUAAAUAAUUUAAAAUUUGACUGUGUGGCUUUCAUGAAAACCGUAACCGUUAAUGUUUAGGCAGUGACACUUUUCACUUUUCCUGUUUAGCAUACAAACUGACCCCGGCCCCCAUCAGAGAAGAAAACAGUUAUGUGGCCCUCACAAGAAAAUGUUUGGGGACCCCUGGUAUUAACAAUUAAAAAAAAUUACAAUAAAUCAAAGAAUAAACACUGGAGCUCCAGUGUUAAAGGGUUAAACCUCUGCACCACUCCGUUCAUCAUUUCACACAUUCUCUGAGUGAAUUUUCCGUCAGGUGGAAUUCUCACACAAUGCAAUAAAAUUUAACAUUUCUCA